AUGCCCACCGUGGACACCGACUCUGACAACGAUCCCGAUUACGUUCCGCCAGACGGCAAUGGCGACGAGCACGGUUCAGACGUAGACGCACCCGCGCCCAAACGCGCUCGAACCGAUACCGCACCGGAGGCUACGUCCUCGGUCGACACAGUUAACGAGAAAACUGGCGCUGAAGUCUAUGCCGCGUUCAAAGCGUCCUUGAACGCCCCGAGCUCCCAGAUAGCGCAGGCCUCCGCUUCGCGCGAGGUUGUCAAGAUCGUCAAACGCUAUAGGUUCGCAGGAGAAGAGACUACAGAGGUGGUCGAGGUGCCCGCGGAUUCGGAAGAGGCAAGGAAAUGGCCGCUCUGGAUACCUUCGGAUGACGCGCACGGCAGCAGUACCCCUGGCCCAUCCAAGGACGACACGACCACAGAGUCCGCUGCCGCCAUCGCCUCCAGCAGUCCCGCAGCAUCCGCAAGCACCAGCGCGAAGACUCUGGGAAAGCGACCAGGUCCGCGGAAAGCUAAAGGCAAGCUCGCUGACGUUCCCGCGAAGAAGGAGCCUGUCAAGAAGCUCACCACGCUCGAUAAAUCCGCCAUGGACUGGCGUGCGCAUGUCCAAGGCGGAGCGUCGGCGGAGAUGAAAGACGAGCUGGAGGCUAACAGACGCGGUGGCGGCUUUCUCGAGAAGGUGGAGUUCCUGCAGCGCGUCGAAGCACGUAAAGAGGAAGUGCUCGACGCGAACAAGGGGAAGCGCAGGAGAUGA